UCUAACUCCUGUGUGUGUAAUAAUGUUUUCCUCUCUGCUGAGGCUCACUUCUCCAGCCUAUUGUUUGAGACAACAGAUAUAAGUUGCGAUGGGAGAGGAGCGUCGGAUUUGGUGUGUAUCCCCCAUUUCCAAUUAUAGAUGGAUCAUUACAGACAGCGGAGUCCUGAGAAGCCAGACAUCUGCUCCUCACAUGAAUGCACUCACCUCCUAGAGAUCAGGCUGCCAUCAUGCUCUGGAAGCUCGUGGAGAAUGUCAAGUACGAAGAUAUCUAUGAGAUGUUAGUCCACACCUAUUCAUCCAUGGACCGGCACGAUGGCGUCCCGAGCCACAGCUCUCGGCUUUCCCAGCUGGGCUCGGUGUCCCAAGGACCUUACUCGAGCGCCCCGCCGCUGUCCCACACCCCGUCGUCAGACUUCCAGCCGCCCUACUUCCCGCCCCCCUACCAGCCGCUCCCCUACCACCAGAGCCAGGACCCCUACUCCCACGUCAACGACCCCUACUCUCUGAACCCCCUGCACCAGCCCCAGCAGCACCCCUGGGGCCAACGGCAGCGGCAAGAAGUGGGCUCGGAAGCCGGCUCCCUCCUGCCCCAGCCCCGCGCCGCGCUGCCGCAGCUGUCGGGCCUCGACCCCCGGCGGGACUACCACUCGGUGCGCCGGCCCGACGUGCUGCUGCACUCGGCGCACCACGGCCUGGACGCGGGCAUGGCGGACGGCCUCUCCCUGCACGGCCUCGGCCACCCCGGCAUGGAAGAUGUGCAGUCAGUUGAAGAUGCCAAUAACAGCGGCAUGAAUCUAUUGGACCAGUCUGUCAUAAAAAAAGUUCCGGUUCCUCCCAAAUCUGUGACUUCUCUGAUGAUGAAUAAAGAUGGUUUCCUGGGCGGCAUGUCCGUCAACACUGGCGAGGUCUUUUGCUCAGUUCCGGGCCGGCUGUCUCUGCUCAGUUCAACCUCCAAGUACAAGGUUACUGUGGGGGAAGUUCAGAGACGGCUUUCGCCCCCCGAAUGCCUCAAUGCAUCACUCCUGGGCGGCGUCCUCAGAAGAGCCAAAUCGAAAAAUGGGGGGAGAUCUUUGAGAGAAAGGCUAGAAAAAAUCGGUUUGAAUUUACCCGCGGGCAGACGCAAAGCAGCAAAUGUCACGUUACUCACCUCCCUGGUGGAAGGAGAAGCUGUUCACUUAGCUCGAGAUUUUGGGUACAUUUGUGAAACAGAGUUUCCUGCCAAAGCUGUUUCUGAGUAUUUGAACCGGCAGCACACGGACCCCAGUGACCUGCACUCCCGAAAGAAUAUGCUGCUGGCCACCAAGCAACUGUGUAAAGAAUUUACGGAUCUGCUGGCCCAGGACCGGACACCGAUCGGAAACAGCCGGCCCAGCCCCAUCCUGGAGCCCGGGAUCCAGAGCUGCCUGACGCACUUCAGCCUCAUCACGCACGGCUUCGGCGCCCCGGCCAUCUGCGCCGCGCUCACGGCCCUGCAGAACUAUCUCACCGAGGCGCUCAAAGGCAUGGACAAGAUGUUCUUGAACAACACCACCACUAACAGGCACACGUCUGGGGAAGGCCCAGGUAGUAAAACUGGCGACAAGGAGGAGAAACACAGGAAAUGAAACAUUUUUUUAAAAAAAGGAAAGAUGUUUUAAAUACAAAUGGAAAACAGAAAAAAAAUUUUAAUUUUAGCUUUAAAAUAUUGGAUUGGCUUUGGAAGAAUUAUAUUAGGUACUAGAAUACACAUACAAUCAGAAAAUUUUAAAAAAAGGCUAAAUAACUUAAAAAAAACAAAAAAGAGAAACAAAACAAAACUGAGGCGUACAACGGAGCAGCAAUACCGGUUCUCAGUGUCUAUUUCAAGAUACACUUGGAGACAACCAUCCGGAUUUUCCACUUCCGUUCUUUCGAGCUUAGUAACACUGAUAAUAAAAAAGAAACCAUGAUUCCCCCCCCCCCUUGGAAAAUAAACAUAAGACUAAACAUGAGAAAACGCUAACUUAUUGGAAGAAAAUCGGAGAAACGUUGGUGUCAGUGCUUUUGAGAGCUGGUUGACUGAGACGCACGAACUUUUUAAUUUUUAAUAUUUUUUUAGGAAACUCGCACUCCCGCCCUUCCACUUCACCCCUCUCCCAAGCACCCUUUUCUACGUGGCCCUCCUUUCCUCCAGCUGUCACGGGAGUCAUCCGGGAUGGAAAUGAGUGUGGUUAGACCUUUUGCGUUGUGUUUCAGCCCCCGCGCCCCACCCCCCUCCCGCCCCUGCCCUGCUUUCUGAACUCGCCAGCGCCCGACUCCCGGGCCGGUUGCGUAAUUAGGGAGGGUGAGGGCGGGCGGGGCCGCGAGUCCGACCGAGGUGCAGGCCGGGGCUGCUGCCUUUGGUGCGGGCCCGCCUAGCAGAGACUGAGACUGAGGCAAAUCCGGACCAAUAAGUUGAUCAUACUCAUCAUCAGUUCCUUUCAGAAAUGUUACUAGUUACUUGCGAGCAUCUGCAUACAGAAAACCUUGCGUUUGUUAUAAUAUGUGUGUCAUCUACUAAUUUUAAGAACUAUAGUAAAAAGAAAAAAAACAAUAUAAAUACGUUGAUUAGUAUGUAAUUCCUUCGGAGGGGUAUGUAGCAUUUCAUUCUCUUCUGUUUUCCAAAGCUUUGCCCGCAUGGUUUAUGAGCUUCUUCAAAGAGGACUUGGGCUUCCUACACAAUCUAUAAGGUACAGAGAAAAAAAAAAUCCGAUCCCUUUUAAAUCAAAGCCUGUGUGUCAGACUUCUGCAGGUGCACUUCUUUAAAGAAGCUCAAAGGGAAUAAUUUAGAAAGUGGCCAAUAAGAGACAGAAGCAACUCUGAAACUAGUUGCUAACAGAUACCUCAGUGUGGAAUUCAGGGGGAGGAAAGGUCUCAAAAAAAGAAUUUCAGGGGAGAAAGGAAAGCCUACUGGAGCCCAAUAUUUUAACUAUUGUCCUGUCUCUAAACUGGAUUGCCUUUCCUUGGGCUUUUAGAUAAUUGCUUUAACGGUGAAAGACGAGGCUUUUCGAGUGGACGAGGGUAGGAGGAUGGUACCUGCUUCCAUGUUUCUGCAAUGAUCGCUUUCUCACAAGAUGCUCUAUGAAUGAGGUGCUCCCCCUCCCCCCCACUUGCAGUUGUUUUGGCAAAUUAUGGUAAAAUCCUGUAAAGUGAAAGGAGGUGCAUUUUGGCUUUGAAAUUUACCGUCAGCAUGCACUGGGACUAUUCCCAGUGGAUAAAGUUUCAUGCAUUUAACAUCUCUGACUUCUGAGAGCGCAGCCCCUUUGGUGGGCUCCAUCUGAGCAUUAUCAUGAAAUAAGAUCGGGAACCCACUGUCCCCGCCCUCUCAAACACAGUGGGGAAACCCCCUCCCCCGGGGUAGAGGUGGGUAAGCUAGGUCUCCAAAUUUAGUGUCGGCACGCACGCACCUCUUGGCAGUAGACAUUAGCACUUUUGCAACGUCUCUUGAAGACAAGGACUCAGAUUCCCCCCCCCCCCCACCCGCCGGCAGUGUUUACAGUGAGGGUCCGCGGAGAAUCAGUUCUGCAGCCCCCACUGGUGUUGGCCUUCCGGGAGGAGAGGGGUGUUGGUGGAGGAGGGGCCUUAAGAAUCAGCCAAGGGCUUUGGGGGGACGUGUUUAUGCGGAGAAGGGAGUUUAGGGAUCAAUUGCAGAUGACCAGAGUGGCCCACAGACAGGCGAACUAAGAUGACAACCUCUGCCCAUCUCCUACCGCCAGCUUUUUUAGAGGGGUGUGUGUGUGUGUGUAUGUGUAUAUGUGUGUGUGUGUGUGUGUGUGUGUGUGUUUAGGGUGGGGAACUGUGUGUGCAGGGCUCAAGCCCAGAGAAGCUGAGAAGAGCUAGAAGUUACGGUGAGUGUAGUCACUCCACCUCUCCCCAGCCCAGGAGCCUGCGCCUUCGUCCGAGGGCCUGGCCCGAUCGCAUUAGGUGUAUUCUGCUUGCACAAGGCCGGGAGAAAUCACACUGAAAACCAUCGUCUCCUUUCCUUGCAGGGCAACGCGCCCCACGCGUGUGACGUGCGAGAGACGCGAUGGACGCGCCUCGCUCUUACUGUGCAGGUCCUGAGAGCGUGUGGGCCACUCGCGCCCAGUCGUGUUGAGGACAUAGAAUCAGCCGCUGGAAGGGCCGCGGGCCGGGGGGGCCCUUCCGGCUCUCGGUCUCACCCUACAGGGCUCAGGCUACCGAGAAAGCCCCGGUUCUCCAGUAGGUAAUGGGGCGGCGCCCCCGGGCUGCAGGCGGGACGAGAUCUCAGGCCCUUUUAAACCAGCGGCCACCCCACCCGCCCAUUCCCAGAGAGCGAAAGACCUUAAGGAAAAAAAAAAAUUGCCCAGGGAAUCGGAAGCUUCCCCGUUUUUUCCAGAACAAGAACUCCCUCCGCCCACUUCACGCCCCUGGAGGCCGGGGGUGGGACAGGAAUGGUCUGAUUUGGCUCUGCGGGCUGCCCGGGUUGCCCCCGCGCCCGCAUCCGUGCGUCCCUCCCCGGCCCCAGCUCCCUGGGGCUCCCGAAGCGCCUCCUCCCCCCGCAACCCCACCACUCUCGUGGGGGUGAGCCACUGUCCCCUCUUCCUUCCUCGUUUCUCCUUUCAUGUACAAUUCCCACCCCCCUAACCCCCCACCCCCGCUUUCGUUAGCCGGGCCCGCUACGUUUGUCUGAUAAUUGAGUUAUUAAAAGAUUUGGUUUCCUUGGGCCCAUAAAUCAAUAAACAGUAGGAUUAACGCAAGAGUUUGCCUUUUAAGUCAAGGGAAACGUUUAGAGCAAACCCUUUUGAGCUUUGUUUUCACACCAAACAGGUGAGUUGCAGUUCUCCUUCCACCCCUGCACUCUUUGGACAUUUUAUCCACGCCUCAUGCCCUCUCCUAAACGCUCGGUCCCAAACCAAAAUAGCGAAAAGACAGAACGGAGUCAGGAUGUGGCAGGCUGUCUUCACACUUUCCACUUUGUAAGUUCCUUUGGAGGUUCCAAAAGUCUCAGACCAUUCCGACCUCGGCUUAUUGUAUACUGUGGAUCUCCAGGGAGCAAGGGGAAAAGGAAGGCUGUCCUGUGCAAGGAUACCAUUAUGGAAAUGAUUUUGAAUUUUGCCACCAAACUGAGAUGGUGACCUUCUCUCUCCCACCCUCCACCCUAAUUAUCUUGCAUUUCUUUCCUUCGCUCUGGCUCCAUUUCCUUAGCUUCCUCCAUCCCCAUUUAAAGAACCAGAGAAACUUUCAAAGACCUGGCUAUUUUAUUUUCUUUGGCCAAGGAAACUACUUUCUCUCAAGCAGUUAUUUCACAUCCUAUGAAAAGUUUGGUCAAAUGGAAAACCCGAAACCCCGAACUUAUCUACACACUCUUCUUCCCGUCCAAAACUUAACUUACAAGGGCAACUCACUUCUACUUAGAGCUUUUAUAGAGGAUUUGUCAUCACAUCUGAUAUACUGUGUAUAAUACAUUAUGUCAAAGGAUAAUAAUAACCUUAAACCAUCGGAUGUUGCCUCAAGAACCCAAACAGUGUUCUCCCUCCUGUGCUGAUGUAUGUUUAAUUAUCUAUCGGGGUUAAAAAAAUCAAAAUUCGUUUUGUUUCCUUUCAAAAAGCAGAAUGAAUACUGUUCUUUAAAUACCCAAAGCAACACUUUUUUUUUUUGAGUUGGUCUCUAAUUCACUAAUAUUGUUUUGCCACACAAUUGAGAAAUAUUGUCUCUUCAGGAGAAGAGCUCUGGAGGGUGUCCAUGUUAAGUUUGUAUAUAUUUAUUUAUGCUUAAUUUAAUGGGAAUGUGUAAAUAUGGCGAGCAAGUAGUUUGGGAUUAUUUAUCUGUGAAUCUAUACCUCUGUGAAUGGGUGGUUAAAAAAAAAAACGCUUGACCCUAGGUAGAAUUCUAUCUGAAUUUUUCUGUUCUUUAUAGACAAACUGUUAUGGUAAUGGGUAGAAAUUGGUUUAUUGUCCAGUGUUGAUCUGAUUUACAUAAAUAAAAAGAUUGUUGUGUU